AUGUCUUGCAUGGCUCUUAAACGUAAAACAGAUUGCGCGGUGCAAACUUUUAAGCGGCGGCGAUGUGAAGUAGGUUGUCUUACUACUCAAAUUUGUUCUUUUCGGGCGAUUGCCAAGUCUUCUAAGGCGUCCGCAGCUGUAAAAUCUGCACUUUCUAGUGAGAGUCUUAUCAAAGAACCUCAAGUGACUGCGUUUACUGGCGCUGCCGUUUCAGCAAUAUCACCCGGCAAAAUGAAGCAAACCGUAUAUGAUGAAAUUAUUCGACUUCGUAAGCGCAAAAAAUUGACUGUUUCAACGUCAAGCUUGAAAUGUAUGCUAGAUUCUGAAUCCAAUGGUUGGAAUAAGGAAUGCGAUCGCUCUCAUCGUCUUGAUGGUCACCCCGAUAGCCAUGCCGAUGGCGUAAGAAAUCCUAAUAAGCCUUUAUUCACUUUUAGAGAAGUGCAAAUGAUAUGCGCUGGCAUGUUGAAAGAUCGUGAAGAUGAAUUACGUGAAAAGUACGAUGCUGUGCUCACGACAAAACUUGCAGAACAAUAUGACACUUACGUUAAAUUUACUCACGAUCAAAUAACAAAGCUUUACAGAGCACCUGCCAGUUACGUUAAUUAA